AUGGCUCGCAGCCCCUUCCCGCAGCCGCCGCUCCUGCCCCUGCCCGCGCACCUCCACCAGGCCUCGCCCCCGCCGCCGCAGCAGCAGCGCCAGUCCCGGCCGGCGCCGGCACGGAGCCCCAGGAAGCCAGCGCCGGCGUCGGCGCCCAUCGUGGUCGUGCCGUCGCCGUCCAAGAAAAGGGCGACCGGACAGGCGGAUGUGCCAGGUUUCACGUCGAUGGAGUACCCGAUGUGCUCCGUCUCCCCGCCGCCCAGCAGCGUCCCGAUGCCGACCUCGCUGCUGCUGCCCGCGUCCGCCGGGCGGAAGAAGGCGCCGCCGACCGCGUGCGCCGUCCAGGUGGCCUCCGCCGGCGCAGGCGCUGUCGGGGGCGUGGACGUCGGCGCCACCGACGAGCUCCGCCGCCUGCUCAGGCUUUAG